AUGGGUGUUUUCAAUGAACAAUUUGACAUUCUAUUGCAAGAGAGUGUUUUCACUAACACUCUCAAUUUAGUUAUAAGAUCAUCAACUGAUAAUGAUAUUUGUUCACUUGAUGAUCCAGUACUUGAUCGAUUAUCUACUGAUAUAUUACCAAGAAUUCAUCAUAAUGUGAAAAAUCUUAUCCUCGAACCUAUGUCUAUGGAACGUAUUCUUCUUGCUGACAAUUAUACAAAUUUAACUUCUCUAAAAUUGUUUAAUUUUCGACAUAAGAUCGUUUCUUCUUAUUUUACAGAAGGAAAACAAUCAAAAUAUAGUAGCAUUAAAAAGAAAACAAUACGCUUUAUCUGA